AUGAAUUAAAUUGUUUUGAGUUUAAUGAUUAUUACAUUUACUUUAGCUUGCUCGCUAAAAUAAUUAUAAUGUGAAGACCUGCUUGAUAAGAUUUCAUGUGAUUCUGUAACAUCUCAUGUGGCAAUAUGUUAAUGGAAUCAAAACACUAGUUAGUGCUAAUUGUUUAAAGAAAGUUUUUUUAAUUAAGAAUAAUGCAAUUUUUAGAAUGAACAUGAUUGGGAUUCAAAAUGUAACUAAGGAAAAUUCAUGUAAUUUAUAAUCAUAUUUAAUUAAAGUGAAGAAAAAGUAUCUAGUUGUGAAGAUAUUACUUCAUUUGAUUUGUGCAUUAAAUUUUAUGCUAAUGGUUUUGGAUGCACUUGGAAACAUAAUAAAUGCAUAAAAAUAUCAUAAUGCAGUGAGAUCAAUGAUUUAAUGUAAUGUAGAAUUUCUAGAUUAAAAGAGAAGUAAUAAAUUUGAUAUAAUGUCAAGAUGUUAAUUAGUUAUAAAUGGUGAAUCAUCACAUAUGGAAAGAUAGCAUGUUUAUAUAGCAAAUUUGUUUCAAGAAUACGAAUGCCGAGCAAAGGAUUGUAAAUUUAAUUUAUUUUGGAAAUGUCAAAAUUUUGUGAAUGGGAGAAGGUGUUUCUAAUACUUUGAUGAAUGCACUUAAUGUUCAUAUCUCACAACUAUAUAAUCUUGUUUAGAUCCAAAUUAAUGUACUUGGCAAAAUAAUGUUUGCAGAAACAUAUUGUACUUAUAAUUUUAAUUAAAUAGAUGUUCUGAUUUAAAAGGUAAAUAAUAAUGUUAACUUAAACCAUUUUGUUAAUUUAAUGAUCAGAAUUUACAAUGUGAAACAAGAACAGACAAUUAAUUAUAUUGCUAUGCAUAUGAUAUACCAUCUGAUCCAAUAAAAUCAAAAAAAAAAGUUGAAAUUUGA